AUGUUCAACGCAACUCAACAUUGUGCAAAAAAAGAAAAAAAACUGGUCGAUCGACGGGAGAAAUGUGUAGAUAUGAGAAUAAUAUUCUCGCGUUCUGCACGAAAGAAAACAAAAGAAAAUUGCAAAACACAAAUCAGAAUUCAGAGAAGGAGAGGGAAGCAUUGUUAUCUUUUGUGGAAUGAUCAACUUCAGGCGCUCCUUGAAGUCUGA